AGAUCCAUUUCCGGGUUGGCAAAAGGGGCGGCGGUGGCGAAAAGGAGAGCUUGCCGGGGGGGUGGCGAGCCGAGCGGGACGAGGCCGGAUCGGAGGUGGCGGAAGAUUUGCUCCCGGGGCAGCUGUGGCCAGGUAUAUGAGUGACCUAAAGCUGCAAACUAAAACGGAGAGAGAGCAGUGCCAGCUGCAAGCCGGGAAAGGAUGCCAAUUCCGCCUCCACCCCCUCCUGGCCCUCCUCCACCUCCCACUUUUAACCAGGCAAACACAGAGCCGCCCAAGCUGAGUAGAGAGGAGCAGCGGGGUCGGGGUGCCCUCUUACAGGACAUCUGCAGAGGGACCAAGCUGAAGAAGGUGACCAGCGUGAAUGACCGGAGUGCUCCGAUCCUCGAGAAGCCCAAAGGAAGCAGUGGUGGUUAUGGCUCUGGAGCAGCAGCCCUGCAGCCAAAGGGAGGCCUUUUCCAAGGAGGGGUGCCGAAGCUCCGGCCUGUGACCAACAAGGAUGGAUCAGAGAACCUCGGUAGUAAGCAAGCCCUCCAAGUUCCCAGUGCUCGAGCUGCUGCUCCGAGGCCUCCAGUGUCAACAGCAGGCGGGCGUCCUCAAGACGACGCAGACAGCAGCCGAGCCUCACUCCCAGAACUGCCCCGGAUGCAGAGACCCUCAUUACCGGACCUUUCUCGGCCUACCACCACCAGCACUUCCGGCAUGAAGCACAGCUCCUCUGCCCCUCCUCCACCACCCCCAGGGCGCCGUGCCAACCCGCCCCCUACACCUCUGCCUAUGCACAGCAGCAAAGUCCCAGCCUACAACAGAGAGAAACCCUUGCCGCCCACACCUGGACAGAGGCUUCAUCCUGGUCGAGAGGGACCUCCCGCUCCACCCCCAGUCAAGCCACCUCCUUCUCCUGUGAAUAUCAGAACGGGACCAAGUGGCCAGUCUCUGGCUCCUCCUCCUCCACCUUACCGCCAACCUCCGGGGGUCCCCAAUGGACCUUCCAGUCCCACUAAUGAGUCAGCCCCUGAGCUGCCACAGAGACACAACUCUUUGCAUAGGAAGACCCCAGGGCCUGUCAGAGGCCUAGCACCUCCUCCACCCACCUCAGCCUCCUCCUCUUUACAGAGCAACCGGCCGCCUCCCCCAGCCCGAGACCCUCCCAGUCGGGGAGCAGCUCCUGCUCCCCCGCUACCUAUGAUCCGAAAUGGUGCCAGGGAUGCUCCCCCGCCACCCCCACCGUACAGAAUGCUUGGGUCAGAACCCCCGAGCCGAGGAAAGCCCCCACCACCGCCUUCCAGGACGCCGGCUGGGCCACCCCCUCCUCCCCCUCCUCCCUUGAGGAAUGGUCACAGAGAUUCCAUCACAACAGUCCGCUCCUUCUUGGAUGAUUUUGAGUCAAAGUAUUCUUUCCAUCCAGUAGAAGACUUUCCUGCUCCUGAAGAAUAUAAACACUUUCAGAGAAUAUACCCCAGCAAAACAAACCGCGCUGCUCGUGGUGUCCCGCCUCUGCCACCCGCUCUCAGGUGAAGCCUGGCUUGGUCCUGUUCCUCAGGAAAAAGGUGGACCCUCUCCUCCUCUCAGAAGGCCCCUCCCACCCCCUGAAACCUGCAUGAGAGCUCCUAACGUGUUUCUCCAGUGCAGCCAACCUCGAGACUCCAAGCGUCCUCCCAGCUCACCGCCAUCUAUGCCUCUCAUCUGUGGACUUGGUGAUCAGACUCCUCCUACCGACAGUUGGGUGUCACACCCUGCACUAUCCCUCUUAGCCAUCCUGCUAGCCAGAUGAGGAAAAAGCUUCCAUGUCUCCUGCUUUCCUCUUGGGGAAAGGUGCCUUGUUGAGAUGAACUAACUCGUCAUUGGGACAGGGUGGGGAAUGGUACUCUUCCCUCCUUCUAAAUACUGUGAGGGAUGCUUUGCAGAAAUACUAAAUUUCAUCAAUCAGGAGGCUGGCGUGGCCAGAACUUCUGAGGGAUGGGCGUUUUUAGUGAAAUAAGAAAAGGGUUUGCAGAGAAGUGAUCUGUUUUAAAGGUCAGGUUUUGAAAAAGGACAAGGAAAUGGAUCUGCUUUAUUAUUAGGGAUAUUCUGGUUUUAUUUUCACCCAUCCCACAUUCCCACCCCAGCCAUAAGUUGGAUUUAAAUACUAAAUACUAAUCAAUUGAACUAAACAUCUAAUAAAAAGAGGGGGUGAGAUAAUCUGGGGGUAUUUUUAAAGCUAGUCCAUUCCUCUGCAGCAAAGGGACCAUGAGCCAUUUGAGUCCUCUGGGACUCCCUGUCCAUUUCCCCAGGUGCUGAGGUGGCGGGGAGCUCCCCUCGCCACCCAGCCCCUCAGGAGAAAAGUCGCUUUCAUUCAUUCCAGAUUCACACAUCCCUGUCACCUCCAGUGCAAGAUAGGGUCUGAGCCUUGAUCUUAACCUUGGCCUUGAGUCUGCCUCAGUCUUUUCUGACUGGCCCAAAAGGUUAGUGACCCUUAUGGUCCUGUCUGGAAACUUUAGCCCCUGAUGGAAACUCCAGGAUGAUAAAGAAGGGAAGGGAAGCCCCCUUGUGGAAGUGACCAGCUCUGUGGGCCAUGGAAGACUGAGACCUGCUCAUUCUGAAGCUCACAGCCCAUCUGACUGAGCAGGCUCUUUCUCUUCCUUUGGCCACCACCCUUGCCUCCCCAAGAUUGUGGAGGUUAACACAGAAGCAUAGAGAAGGGUGAGGAGGCUUGUGGGAAUAGUGGAAGGUUCCUCUGUACACACAGACUUCGGUGAGCAGUGCCUCAGGCCACUCAUCUUCCUUGGCAGCCAGAGUAUGCUGUUUCUUUGUCUUCCAGGUCUGGGUUAAAGAGGAGAGAGAAAGCAGAGGUUCCAGUCUGGGCAGGAGCUAGAGACUUCCCCUCCCGACAGCAGGGUGGGUGUCCCAGACUCUACGCCAAGCUGUCUGAUGUGCUACGGCCCCUGCCAGGUUGCAGAGCCUGCUCAACUUGGAGCAAGAGCAAGGAGGCUGUGGCUGACCCUUGAAAUGGAUGGGGAAGACAGUUAAAACUUCUCCUCAGCUCCGUGAUGAGCCGAAGUCACCCAUGCAGGGUCUGUUGCUUCUCAGACUAAGGGCCUGAGUGCGUUCCCAGAUGAAGCCCAAGUCUCCCAGUAGAGAGGAGGGAGGACUUAGUGUGGGUUCCUCUGUGGGAUGCAUCGCCCCUGCUACCCCUGCACCAUUGACUCUUGGGACAAGCCGUGAUUGGGGCUGUUACCAAAUGCAUUCCAGUCAUUCUUUAUCAUUCUUCCUUUCAGAUCUGUUAGAUGUGAGCAGAGCUGAGGCAGGGGACCCUAGUGGAGGGAAAGGAGAGGACCAGUUGACACUGCAGCAGCAUUCCAGGGUAGAUGCUGACCGGUUACUGAACUUGGACUGUGAAGUCUUCCCAUUUGUUUUUGAAAUGGGAGUUGAUGCCUUUUGUACAAUGUUAUCAAAGUGUUUUUUUUUUUUUUCCCCUUUUACUCAAACUUGAGCAUCAAAAUUAGUAUCACAAGUAACAACCAAACCCCAACUUUUCAUUGGGGCUGAGACCUUCCUCUCCUGACCUGCUGACCCCCCUGGCAUUUGGACUGUGUCAUGUGGGUGCUGGUUGUGUUUUCACUUUCCUAGCCCUGUGAGAACAGACGGGGGCCUGGCUAGAAUCAGCUGGGUUUUCUUCAGAGCAUGUUGACGACACAGCACCUUUUUAAAUGUCUCUGCCUUACACAUCACUUGGUUCUUCUGUUAAUAGCAAAUUAUCAUGUAUAUUUACUGUUGACAAAACAGGAAUGUGAUCCUCAUAGUUACUGAUCUAUUUUGUAUGUUGUGAAAAGCUUGUAAUACAGAUUUAAGGUGGGCUGGCUGCAGGAGCACUUAAACUUCUCACCUUUAAACUGCUCUCUCUACCUGCUGUGGGAUUUCGCCUCUUCAGUGGGAGAUUGGGUGGCCUCAUGUUGAGGCUGCUGCCUAGCCCUCUUAACCCUCUUCUCCUGUCCCAGAAGGAAGAGACAUUGUCCAACUAAGCACCAGGAAGCUGUGUGAAAAGCCCUUGUGUGGGGUUGGCUUUAUGAUGUUCUUCCCUAGUGGGAAAAACUGAAUAGGUGUUUCUUACUCUCCUAUCUGGGGAGCAGGGCAGUGGCCUCCACAUUUUUAAAUGAGCGAGAUGCCCCACUUCCCCCUGUUCUGUGGUCACCAAGCCUGUGUCACAGCACUUUGCUGUUCCAGGUGUGGUUCUCUCUGUCGUGGGGUUUCCUUUAACUGCACAGCCCUGUUAUUUUCACGACCAGGGCCUGCAGAGCUUCGGGCUGCCCCCUGCUCCCCAUGGACGUGAAGCUGCUGUCUGCAGGAACUCAUCGCAGUCCCCCCAGCUGGCAAAGGCGCUGGGGCAUCCGCUCACCCCGGGCUUCCCAACUUGAAACUCAGAUUUACCUCCAGGGAGAGGCGAGAAAAAAUUGUAAAUAGACUUGCUACAGAGCAACUCAGGGUUGGGGUGUGUUUUAAUUCUCCUGGUCACUUGAAAUAAUCUGUAGGUGAGUGCUUAUGGGAGUGGGGGAGAAGUAUGACUCCAGGGUCCUUCCCUUCUGCAAAGCUCUGGGGGUGGAGUACAGGCACUACACUGAGCUGUCUGUCCUGAAACCCCAAUGCUGGUCAGCAGCAAAUCAGAUUCUUCACAGUCCAAGUCGUCGUCUUUCUCUGUUGCAUCUCAGUCCUUGGCUGUGUAGUCAAGGUGGCUCUCUGGAAGCCACCCUAACUUAGGGGAUGGGAGGCAUCAGAACUCUACCUUCAAGAUUCAUCUCUUAACAGUAAAAUGAAAACAGUCACAGCCACCUUCAAAACACAUACAACAAAAAAGGAUCGCUGUUUAACUGAAGGAAGGGUUUGGUUCCAUUCAACUCCACGGUCAUUGUGCCUUUACUUGUGUUAGAUUCUGUGCUUUCUCCCUCUCUCCCUCUUUGAAGCAAUUAAAACUUCCUUGAUAACUGCCGUUUCCUUCUUUCUACUCUUGUUUCUAAUAAUUUAGUGGGCUCCCUCUCUAGUUGUCUUAAAUCUCAUUCCAGUGGCGGCCGAGGGGCCUAGCCGCCGCCUCUCUGACCUUUGUUUUUUCCCGUGACGACCAGCGUGGAAGUCAUAGUCAACACUGAAUAAAAGACUAGAAUGGCAGGUGUGCAGAGAGAGCCUGUGUGUGUGUGUGUGUGCGCGCGCAUGCAUCUUGCAUGUGGAUUAGGUCCUUUAAGAAAAUAAUUUAUUGUAUGAUUUAUUUUGAAGUUAUAUUCUGAGUACAGUGUUCCUUCUCCCAAUCAGCAUUGAUUCCCCCCCACACACCCCCUGACCCACACCCCCACUGUAUGAUCUAGUCUCAGGUUGCAUUCUUUGGUACAGUUCUUUCUUCUGGUUGCCAUGCAGUUUAAUUAAACCUUGCUUUAAAACAAAAACAAACAACUGAAAACCGUGUGCUCUUGUCUGGAAUUCCGCCUCCAGUGGUGGCGUGUAGAGGGGAGGACGUGUUGCCCCAGGUUGGUGUAGUGGUUUGACGCCAGGCCUCUGAGCAAGUGGAUGCCCAGAUGUGGGCGAAACCUCUGCCGAUGCCCAGGAUUUUAUCUUCUGCCUUGGUUUGAAAAUCCCAGUGGUGCUUAGCCGUGCCGACGGACUGGUGCUGAUAGACUCGGUCACUGUUUCACACCUGCCGCCUCACCAUGAUUAACCCAUGAUUUCAGGAACCCAGGAGACCCUCUGGCCUCGUGUCCCUCACAUCUCCUGUCUGUAGACCUGUGUUGCGUGGCAAAUGUUCAAUUGAGGAGCGGAAGAAAGGUGGGGCGGAGCGUGCACUGUGCAGCUAUUUUUAUGCGAGUAUCGCCUGUUUCCCUGCUUUUUAGGUUGAAAUCUUAACUGGUUUCCUUGAACUUUGACUUUAGGUGUGGAAAUUGACCCACACCCUUCUGCUUGCCGUGGUCAGCCGACAUUAUCACCACUAAGACUUAAUGAGCUUAACUUGCACUUUCAUCACUAGCUAAGGUCUUGAAAUUAUUUCCCAUACUGAUUCAUAAUCGGUGUGUGUAUGAAUCACGCUCAUGUAAUUUAGAUAUAAAAACCUAUGGGAGGGAGGAGGGGGGCCUCCUUUCAUUUUCAUCCAUACUUGCCAAAUUGGCUGAAUUCCUAAUGAU